GCGCUUCAUAUAAACUUAUGAUUAAAGAAUUGUCAGCCAAAUAGUUUUAAAACAGUGUUAAGUGUUUUUAACAAUAAAACCAGCUACCCGUAGCAAAUAUAACUGGCUAAAUGCAAAAUAAAUUUAAAGAAAGUUGUAUUCUGCGAAAUGAAACAUAACGCACAAAGAAAACCAAAAACGUUUAAAAAGUUAAACGAGAUUUCAGUUUUAAACUCAAAAAAAAUUUCGAAGAUCAAGAAGUAAUGACCAUAGACAAUAAGCUUGAACGUGUUGUUAAAGAAUUAAUUAGUUACGACGAAAAGUACGAAAUUCUUGAAGAACUUGGAAAAGGUUCAUUUGGUUCUGUAAGUAAAUGUAGAAACAAAGAAACAAGAGUUCUCGUGGCAGCAAAAUUCAUCCGCAAAACAGCGAAAUCAAAAGUGGAAUUUGAAAAUGAAGUUAAUGUUAUGAGGAAACUAAACCAUAAAUACCUAAUAAAACUUUACGAUGCUUUUGAAACAAGACGUCAACUUAUAAUUGUUAUGGAGUUGGUUUCUGGACAAGAGCUUUUUCAAAAAUGUGCUCAAGAAGAGGUUCAACUUACAGAGUAUCAAGUAGCUAGAUACAUGAGACAAAUAUUAGAAGGAGUUAAUCAUAUGCAUGAAAAAAAUAUUGUUCAUCUUGAUUUAAAACCAGAAAACAUUUUAUGUUCGGGCAAUAUGGAUGAAGAUGAGAUAAAAAUUAUAGAUUUUGGAUUUUCAAGAGAAUUGAAAUCUGAAGAACAAAAUAAAGUGAUUUGCGGAACUGCAGAAUUUAUUGCUCCCGAAGUCAUAUCAUUUAAUCCCAUCACACUGAAGACAGACAUGUGGUCAAUAGGAGUUAUCACGUAUGUCUUACUUAGUGGUAUUUCUCCUUUUCUUGGUGGCAACGAUAAUGAAACAUUUGAUAAUGUUACUAUCGGAGACUAUAGCUAUAAUGUUGAGGACAAUAUCUUUGAUACAAUUUCGGAAGAAGCUAAAAACCUUAUUGAUUGUUGCUUACAAUACAAACCAUGCCGUAGAAUUUCUGUGGAAGAAGCACUCAAUCACAAAUGGCUCAAUAAGCUAAAAGGUUUACAACUGGUUUUGGACAAUAAAGAAAACUUAAAUCAAUUUUUGAACCGCCGAAGAUGGCAGAGAAUUUUUAACACCGUAAAAGCAGCCGGCAGGUUUUAUUCAAUAAUUAAAUCAGGUUUCGAUAAUCAAGAAUGUACUGACUCUGACCAAGAUGAUAGUAUUGAAACAGAGUUAACAUUUAACAGAAUUUCAAAUCUUGCAAAAAAAGAUUUAAAUUCUGAUUUGCAAACUUCUUGUUCUCAAUCACGUAAAAAAAGCGAUGAAAAAAUUGAUGAUGUAUCACCUCGUAGCGUUUUACAAGAAGUAAUUGUGUCAGGAGACCAUUCGGAUAUUUAUUGUAAUAAUACUUAUAGAUCCACAGAUACCAAUAAUAACAACAUUAACUACUGCGAUCAAUUAAAAUGUGAUACAUUUGGAAAAAAUAAUAUCGAAAUGGAUGUAGACAAUAUAGAAAGAAUGGAAGUUGAAAAAACAAUAAUAUCGGAAACAGAAAUUACACCCAAAAAUAGUAUAGAAAAACUUUGUUUUUCUUCGAGCGUUAAUGAUUGUGUUAAAAUAAUAAGCAAAGAGGAAAGAAUGCUACGAAGAAAUAUAGAUAAAAAAGAGAAUUUUAUGUUAACUGCCGAAAUACAGCAAAAGCAUCGUACUAAACGACUUUCUACGAGCGACUGCGAGUCAAUUCAAGAGGAAGACGAUGAGUUAAAACUUGCUAUAAAAAAAAAUAAAGACGGAAGAUCGAAUGAAGAAACUUCAAAAACUAAGAUUCUGGAUCAAGGUUACCUACAGGGUGACCAAGAUUAUCUACAGUUUGAAAAAAAUGAAGUUACAGCUAAGUUAAAGAUUGAUAAUGCAUUAAAACCUGAUUCAAUAAAAAAAGCGGAGCCAACACCAAAUAAAAAAGGCUUCAAAAACUCAACCAUAAUAAAAGAAACCUCACCAGUAUUACAAACAAAAGGUAAAUCAGACCAAUAUCGCAAUAAUGAGAAAUCAACUGAACAAAAUCUUAUUACGUUGAAUAAAACGAACAUUUCUCAAAUUCCAGAAAAUGUCCAAAAUUUAAAAAUAAGCAAAAUAGAUUCUUGCAAAAUUUUAGACGUAAAAAAUGACAAUAAUCAACAACAUUCAAAAAAAUUCUUUUUCCAAGAGAAAAAACCGGCACCGAAGAAUGUGAUUUCUGUCACAGACAAAAAACCUACAGCAAAAGUAAACUUUGUUUCGGAGAACAAAUCAUUAGGAAAACCAAACUCUACCAAAGAGACAAAGCCUCAGGCAAAAGGCGUAAAUAUAACAAACAAAAUUGCAUUUUUUCAAAAAUAAAUUGUGAUUAAUAAAAAUAGAUAAAUGGAGUAUAAGACAAGCAAAGAUGCAUUUUUUACUUGGUUAGAUCAAAAAAUUUGCAUUGUCAACAAUAUUUGUUUGUUUAUUAUCUGAGCGCUUAUAAUAAGAUUUUGUAAAAAUAAUUAAACUUAUAUUUUCUAUUUUUUAUAAAGUAAUUAAACUCAAUGAAAAUUAUCAUAUAUCACUGAUCAUAUAUCACAGAUCAUAGAUCACAGAUAAUAGAUCACAGGAAAAAAAAAUUUGUGGUAGUUAAAUGUUGCUAUCCUCCAUGAUAACGCUACAAUGGUAAAAUCAUUAUUGUAUUAAGUCAUCUAGUUUCUUAUCUUACUGACGACUUCAUAAAAUUACAAGAAUACUGACAUCCUCAUAAAAUUACAAGAAUACUACAAAGAUGUCUUUGGACCCAUGCAGACAAAAAUAAGGAAAAAAAUAAGACAAGCAAAAAAUAAAAAGAACGAAAAGAAAUUCAUAAAUAUUCCUAAAUAAGCAUUUAAUUUUUUUGUUGUUCGUUGUGCUUGGUUUCAUUUAUGACUAUAAUAUAUUAUAAUUUUGUUUUUUUAUUAA